AUGCGCUUCUCUUCGGGGCCCUGUCCUCAUUACUUCACCGAGGAGUGCCCCAGAUCCUUCGUGAAGAUGAGCGCCACUCCCGGACCGAGACAGACCCCACUGUAUGGGGUGACCUGCAGCAGGGAUCUGGAAGAAAGGCCUGGCUGGGAGCCCGGAGAGCGGGAUCUGCACUGGCUUGCCUUCUCGAGGGAGCUGCCAGCAGGCCUGGGCCAUGCAGCCGCAUUCGCCAAGCACUCACGAACCUUCUUCACAGCACUGAGUGUGAAGUUUGCCCGAACAGAGACCUCCCCAAGCAGCCCCGGCGGGUCCAGCUUGAUAGCUUUCUCUGGCUGUUCCUGGCCAGAACCAGACUUCUGGGUGUGCCUCCGCCUCCCCCAGGGAGCACAGCACCUUCCUCCCUGCAUCCCCCCCUCAGGAUCCACCCCAGCAGGGCGAGGCCAAGCUCAAGGCAAUCCUUUGGACACCAGCAGAGGAAGCCUCGCAGGUCGGGAGAGCAGAACCAUCAAGACGGCUCGCGAACAAACCCUUUUUCAUUCCCGGCUCCAGGGCUGCCUAUGGCGGACGCGCAGCGCAGCUGAGGGAACACAAGCAACGAAAUUCCCCUUCUGCCUGGGGGUCCUCAGAGCCAGGAAGCAGCUCAGCCGCGAAAGGACUUGGGGCAAGGUACCCAGGUUCCCUCUCCAGUCUGCUCCCAGGCCUUGCUCAGCUGCUGGGAGUGUGAGCCAGCUGGGGCAGGCUCCAAGAUCCCAUGAGAUUCAUGGCCUGGAAAAAAGACAUCUUUCCAGGCUAGGCUCUGCCCUCUGGGGCCUUAAGGAAUACAUGAGAGACUCUCAUCCUUUAUUUGUGGAAACAGUUCAACGGGCUGCUCUUUCAUUUGCCAGAAGUGCUACUUGUCACCAGAGUGAAGUCUACAGUGUGGCUGGCCCAGCCCCACUGGCUGGAGGACAUCAGAGAAUGUUGUCAGCCCACACCCUGGGCUUGUCUGGGUCCCAGACACUCCUGACCAAAGGGCCAGCCCUGAACUAAUCCCAGGACUCCGAGGAUGGACGCAGAGGUCCUUGACCUCUGGUUGCACCCUCAGGGGACAUGUCCCCUGUGCCCAGCCUACCCAGUUAGUUAGUUACCCAUCCUGACAGUAAGCAUACCACAGAGGUCAAGCCUCACAGUAGGGUCCUCCCCAGGCUGGUCACCACCUAGACAAGUCCAUAGCCCAAGCCCUGCCAUUGAAGCUUAACGCUGUCUCCCCACCUACUGGGUCUGGGUGGACAGUCUCAAUGUCCAGUCUUUAGCGGGUGAGUCUGACCAGCAGGUGGCAGCACAAGAUUGUCCUCUUGGAAGAGGCACUGUGGGGGUGGGGAACAGUAGCUCCAGCCCCUGGUUGAUGUGAUCAGUUCUAGGUUUUUAAAUGUGGGCCAGAUCUUGAGACCCAACCAGGAGAAGCCACCAUGAAGAUGGCUUAGACAGCACAGCUUUUUUUUGUACCCAAGACCCUGAGUCCUGGAGCACCUCCCCUUUGAUCUGUCCACUGACAGGUCACAGCAGAGUCCCCCCCCCCAACUCCUGGCCCUUCUAGCUGACGUGGCACAGAUGCUGAAUGAGCUGCAGCAGAGGCUUGUGUCCUCCCAACCGCCAGGGCCUGGGGAGGCCCAGCAGAUGAGAAGGCUCUGCUGCUGUCUGGACGGGGCUAGAGCGCUGGGCUGAGGGAGGAGGCAGCUCAACCCGAGGAGAAAGUAGGGGCAGAAAGGAUUAUUUUGGAGCUGUAGGAGGUGUUCGAGAGAGGCCUGGAGGGGAGAGGAAGCAAGGAGAUAGAAUUUUGGGUCUUCAAGCUGCCAGGAAAGCAGCAGAAAGGAACUGGGAGCGGGUCAAGUUUCUGACUCCUCCCUGGCUGGAGCUAAAUACUAGGCUCCGCCCUGCAGGCUCCGAUGUCCUUAGAUGCUCA